AUGCUGCUCGGUAUGUACGAGGUGAUCACAUGCCACGCAUGUGGCACAGAUCUCAUGGAUCGCUGGGCGAACCACAUCAAUGGUGCGAUGAGGCUGAUGGAGCUACGGGGACCGAAGCAACUGGAAACUCCGGCUGGACUGGAGUUAUUCUCUCAAAUACGCAUUCAAAUUGCUAUCAGCAACAUCUUCUACAGACGAUAUAGCUCGCCUGUUAUGGUUCAACUCUCAAACAUGGCACGAUCCUAUCGCGACAGUAAAUCCCAAGUGAUUGACAACUUUUACAAUAUCUUAACCCGAAUUGGAGACCUCUCAGCUAUGAUCAGUGACUCUAUUCCCAAUUCACCUUCCAGCAACCCUGUACUCUUCAUACAGAACGCACUUCAUCUAGAUGCAGAUCUAGUCGCCUGGGCCAUGUCCAUUGACCCUACAUGGCAUUACACUGUUAUCAAAGCUUCUCCCGCAAGCAUCAACGACGACAAUCAAAUUUACCACACAAUAUAUGGCGAUACGUACCAUAAGUACAAUACGCUCGGCUUUGCCUCUCUCUGGAACACAUAUCGCCUAUUGCGUAUCAUGCUUCGCAGGAUCAUCGGGUCUACAUGUAAAAGCAUGCUGAGGCGGGGCGAGUGCCCAGAGAAGCGCCUGACCAUGGCCCAGGGUGUCGUGAUUAUCAAACAGAUGGCGGAAGACGUGUGCGCAAGUGUGCCGUACUAUUUUACUUCCGACGAUGUUGCUAUCGGGGGCUUGAUGCAGCUGAUCUGGCCAUUAUUUGUUGCGUCGGACUGCGUGGAAUCUGAGCCAAAGAUGAAGAAGUGGAUUUUGCAAACUCUGGAUAAAAUUGGGUAUACCACGGGCAUCCAACAGGCACUCAUGAUGUCGAAACUUGCCAGAGCAGGGAACUCAUAUUCAGUAACGCAAGAGCUGUACAAAGAAGACAAAAUGAGGCAAAGCACAGAGCCCUACGGAGACGAAGAGCUCAAUUCCUCGACAUAA